AUGCCUGGGGAGCAGCCCUGCGGAGCGCCACCCCCAACCAUGACCAGAGGCCUGCAGUCCUGCCAAACAGCCAGCGCCAUGGCCAGCGGCCUAGGCCCCCAGCCUCCCGGCGAGGACGAUGCCCCAGCCAGCAGGACCGCCAAGGCCGCAAGAGAGGCGGGCAGCGGGACCCAGGCCAUGGAGCCCCCUGAGACCCAGCCUGGGCAGGCUAGGGAGGUGGAGCCCAAGGCCCCUCUCCUGAGAACCCAGCCCCUGAGCAGCCCCCCCAGGAAGGGCGGCAGCCCCCGGGGCCCACUCGGGCGGAGCCACGCACAGGCUCCCACACAGCACGCAGGCAGGGCAGACAGCAGCCCCCAGCAGCUCUACACGCUGAGCAUUUCGGGCUCAAGGGCCAGACCCACCCUGGAUGAGACCCCGGAGGGUCCACAGUGUGAGGCCCCUCCUGCCCCAGAAGAGCUCGGCUUCCAAAGGUGCUUCCAGGAGACUUCCUCCAGCUUUACCUCCACCAACUAUACCUCACCAAGUGCCACCCCAGGGCCCCCACCCCUGAGGGCCCCCCAGAGCAGUGCCGCCAGCCCCUGCGGGCCGACCUCCUACUCCGAGUCCCAGGCCAGUGGAGCUGCCGCCCAGCCUCCCACUGCUGAGAGCAGCUUCCCAGGUGCCAGCUGCAGGGUCCUCCUCCCAGAGCCCGAGCCCUUUCCUGAAAGUGGCAGCCCCAGGGUGGCCUCCUUCCAGAUCCCCUUCCCGGCGCUGCGUGGGACCAGCCCGAAGUCCUUCCCCAAGGACACUGCGGGGCCCAAGUACUCUGAGAGGGCACUGUUUGCCUUCCACCAGCCUCGGGGGGAAUGGCAGGAGGAGGCGGUGGGCACAGGCGUGGCCUACCCCCUGCCCACCCAGCCUGCUCCCCCACCCCCGCCCUGCUACUCCAGCCAGCCCGGACACCUCGACCCCGCCAGUGACCUCAGCCGUGCUCUCCCCACAACUGGUGCUGCUCGCCCGGCCCCCGGCCCCUUCUCGGAAAGCACAGUCACCUUCCCAGACAGUUUGCACAAGAGCCUGACCAAAGCCCUCCCUGAGAGAACGCCUCCAGCCCACAAUGGGCUGGGGAGCCCCAGGGGACCCCCAAGCUCUGUGCCCCAGAGGCACUUUCCCGGGCAGGCUUAUGGAAGCCCCGGAGCCAGUGGGGUGGGCACCAGUCCUAGGUCUCUGGACACAGAGGUGGCCACCCCCCCGCCCACCAGACUGCCCCAGCUGUGGGAUCCCACCGGAGCCCCUUACCCCACGCCCCCCCUGGGUCCCCCGGCCACCACCAGGAGUGCAUUCUUUGAAGGCCAGCCCAGCCCGGGCCAGCAGCUCGGCCUUCCCCGGAGCCCCCCGCUGCCCUGGCCGCAGGUGCUCCCAGCCACCAGGCUCAGCCCCCAUCAAGUGGAGAUGCUGAGCCGGCUGCCUUUUCCCCCGGGGACCCCUGAGUGGCAGGGGGGCAGCCAGGUCGCCCUGGGUGCUGCGUGCAAGACACCUGGGCCGGGGGAGAAGCUGGCGGUGCACAGCAGCUCCCCGGGGCUAUUCCCCUACAAUGGGCUACAGGACCCUGGAGCCCAGCCCCUGUUCUUUGGGGUGGCCCAGCCCCAGGUCUCACCUCAAGGGACCCCUGGCCUGCCCACGCCCAGGCUGGUGGGAGCCUCUCCCAGUGAGUCCCCGCUGCCCUCACCUGCCACCAACACAGCCGGCAGCAGCACCUGCUCAUCCCUGUCCCCACUGUCCAGCAGCCCGGCCAACCCCAGCUCAGAGGAGAGCCAACUCCCUGGCCCGCUGGGGCCCCCGGCCUUCUUCCACCCCCCCAGCCACCCCCAGGAAAACAACAGCCCCUUCCCCUCCCCCGAGCCCUCACGCGCCCUCUCCAUCCACUAUCAGCCAGAGCCAGUCAAGACCUUUUCUUUCCCCACAGAGGGGCUGGGGGCCGAGGGCACCUUCAAAUGCCUGGAAGAGCCCCCAUUCCCCAGUGCAGGCCCCGAGGUGGGAGGCGGGGGGAUGGAGGGCUUCCCCCCGGAGCCACCCCCCUACUCUGCCCACCACUUCCCCCUCAGCAGCGCCAGCCUGGACCAGCUGGACGUGCUGCUCACUUGCAAGCAGUGUGACCGCAACUACAGCAGCCUGGCCACCUUCCUGGAGCACCGGCAGUUCUGCAGCCUGCUCCUGGCCAGGACCAAGGACAGCCACCAGCAGCCCUCGGAGAUCCCCACGCCUCCCGCGGCCCCCUCCGCGCUGGCUGCCCCCAAAGCACCGGCCAGUGGGAACCCGAGCCUGCUCGGCCCCAUGAAGAUGGUCCCCUUUCUGCUAGGGGGAGACGUCCGGGUGGAUGGCAAAGAUGACCCCCUGAGGACAAGUUUCUUGCCCAGCCUGACCACUGCCCCCUUCCCGCUCUCUGCCUCAGACCUGGACCUGGAGGACGAUGCCAAGCUGGACAGCCUCAUCACCGAGGCACUCAGCGGCCUGGGGUACCAGUCAGACAGCCCCGAGAUCGACAGCUGCUUCAUCGACGUCUUUGCCGACGAAGAACCCUCUGGCCCCAGAGGUCCCAGUGCUGGGCUGCCCCCUAAGAUCAGGGUGGGGGCCACGCCAGACAACAAAGCCCAGCUCCCACCCUCAGCCACGGAGUCCCAGGCCCCCCGACCUGGGGAUGGGGUCUACCCCACCUGUAGCAGGCCCAAAACUCGCUCUCUGGGCCCAGUGCCUGCGGAGGCAGAUGGGGUCAGCCUGGUCAGCCAGCAGAGGAGAGGAAAGCAGUUGAAGUUUUUCCAGGGAGAGCUGGACACAGCCAGCACUGCCAAGAGGUCAGGCAGGGGCACCAGAGCCGCCUGCCUGAGGCCCAGGAGGAAGGGCAGCAGGGCCGAGCCGGCCCCACCCCGCCCCCGGGACCUCAGGCCCCAAGCCCCCAAGAGCCACACAGACCCCUGUGGCAGGGCCCUCCCGGUGGAGACCAGGAGCUCCAGGCGCCUCCGACUGUCCCCAGGGAAGGCUCCCCGGAGGAGGAAGGCCUGGGGGGGCACCUGGAGCAAGGAGCUCAUCCACAAGAUCGUGCAGCAGAAGAACCAGCUGCACAAGCAGCAGGCGCAGCGCGGCCCGGCCAGGGGCUUCUCCCUGGGGACCGAGAGGCCCACGCCCAGCACCCCGGACGGCCGGCUCCAGCAGUAUGACUACGCCUCGGAGUCCGAGGAGGAGGACACCGUGCGGCCACGGGGCUCCCGCCUCAGAGGCCAGCCCCGCCAACACAGCCCGCAGCGGCGCCGCAGUGAGACGAGGAAGGAAAUGGACUUGACGCUGGGUCCCGGAGGAGACGGAGAGCAGCCGAAAGCCAGGGGGGUCGUGAGGCAGGAAAGCACAAAGCCGGGUAGGCCUCGCCCAGACCCCAGUGGGAGCCCUGAGACCCGAGAGGACCCUAAGGAGGAAGGCCCCAAGCGUCUCCUGCAGGGCCCCACUGGCACCGAGACCCCAGGGGAAAACCAUCUGUUGCUGGACUCGCCUCAAGAUGUUCCUCCUGAUCCCACAAAGCUUCUCCGAGGUGUUUGCAGCCCUCCUUCGUCCACCUGUGUGGAGAGAAGUCCCUGUUCCCCAUCCGCAGAGCCGCCACCGCCAGGCAGAGAGGACCCCAUGGUACCCCACAGGAGCUCAUCAGCACCAGGCGCAGGCGGCCUGCUGGGUGUCCCCCGGUGCACAGAAACCCCCAUCUCUCGUGACAAAGAGGAUCCCCCUGACUACCGGCCGGGAGACUUGCUGGUCCCUGUCACUAGCACCACCGCUGCCUACCCCGAGCCCAGCCUCCUGUUUUUAAAGACCCCUGAUCUUGGGUGUGACCCUGCUCUUUUGAACGGAGACUCCGUGGUCCCAGCUGCCAAAAAGGGGCCCUACGGCAGUCCCCCCGGCGAAUUGCUCCUUGGACCCAAAGACCUGGCUGGCUGUUUCCCCAAAGACUUGUACUCGAAGGCCUUAGCUCCGGACACUCCGUCAGCCAGCGGCAUGCGCCUUUGCCAGGAGGGUGUGCACGCCAGUUCCCUCAAGCCACAGCCCCCCAGGAAUCCACCCUACACGGUCAGCGCGGACCCAGGCAAAGCCGAAUCACCCCUGACCUUGGAGCCCACACCCCUCCUCUCAGGGCUGCCCGUGGACGACUUCAGCUCGCCGACCUACAGCAGCCUGUCUGGAAACGGGGUUGCACACUCACCCUCUACAUGCAUUGACCCUCCCCCGGGGAAACCCCCGCUGGACCCCCUGGACCCCUCCUUUCUGCCUGAGAAGGGCUGGCCCCUGCUGAAGGAAGCUUCCCCCAUGCUAUCCAGUCAUCUGGGCCAUUUCCCUGACCUCUCGGGGGCAAAGGCAUUCGGUAAGAAGGGUCCUCGGGAAAGGACCAUGGCCGCCAACCCUCCCCCUUUGCCUUACAAGCUCAGCGAAUGUGGCGUCGCUUUUAUGAGCAACCUGCCUGAAGAUGAAUUAGAGAUCAAGAGAUUGGUCACGGAAUUAGAAAGUGAGCUGCAAAGGAGAGGUGUGCAUGAGGCCCCAGGAGAGCUGCGCGAGGCUCAGCACGCAGGCAGCCCCCUGCCCGGCCGCCAGGCCGCCUCCCCCCGAAAGGACACGUGCACCACAGCCGAACUCACUGAUCUUGGGGAACUGAGUCCACACCAGGAAGGGGCAGCAAGAGCCGUGGCCGCCGUGGUUUCCGAGGUGACGCUAGGAAGCUCCCGGAAGGAGUGGUCCUCAUUUCACCCAGGAGAAGCAGCUUCUCCCCCCACCACCCACAUAGACCAGGCUUCUGACGCUUCUUUUAGCCCCGCUGGGUGCAGCCUCGGUUUCCAGCCGGUGCAGAACACCAGAGUCUCCAGGAGAGGGCUCCCUGAGGCGGAAGACGGGGGCAGGGUCUUCCCAGAAGCCUGUCUACCCGACCCCCAAGAGCCACUCCAAACCCCGUCGGACAGGGGGAGUUUAGUCAAGUGCAGCCCAAACCGUGAGCCUUUACUUCUUAAAAACAACAGGGCCGCCAGAAUCCAUCACAACGAAGAUGCCCUGCUGCUCCUUCCCUGCAGUCGGAGAGGAGAGCUGUUCCCGGGACCCUGCAAGGCGGAGGGGCCCAGCCGAGACGCCCCUGAGCUGGAAGCACUCAGCAGCCCCGUUGCCCGUCUGGCACCUGACUUGGCAUUUCAGUGUGCUGGGGUUCGGCCUCUGGGUGCCACUCCACCUUCUCGUGCCGGUCACAGUGAGGUCUUCAAGGGACAUUCUCUAAGAAGCACAGAUGGGCCAGAAGGAGCAGGUCCCCUCCACCCUAUAGCAGGGGAGCCUGGCUCCGAGGAUAACAAGGAAUUUGUGCCAACAGGAGCCUCCCCGAGUCCUGCAUGCAUGCCUAACGCCGGUCCUGGCAGGAGGCCCUCGAACCCAGCGGGAAGCCCCCUGCGUCAACUCCAGCUCCUGGUGGUCAGAGCAGCUGAGAGUGAAGAUGAUGCCCAGGGCUUACAGGGGCCCCCGCUGGCCGACACCCAGAGCCCUCUACAGAGCCACCCCUCAGAUGUGGAAGGGGACAGCAUGGAAUGUGGGAACGUGGCCCACAGCCCUGCUAAGGGCUUGGAUAAGGGUAUGCAGACGACAGCUAUCCCUGCAAUGGCUGGAUGUCAGCUGAGACCAGAGGCAAAUGACCAUCUGGGCUCACUCGGCCAGGCUGAGACGCUCAAAGGCCAAGGCAAAGCCAGCCAGCUGCAAGGAGAGAGCUGGGGACGCCCAGGAGGAGCGGACAACCUCACCGCGGUCAGUGCUGGUCCUGAAGCCACUCUGGCCAGCCUGGCUGGGGCUGCAGACCAGCUCGGGGGGCAGGUCCAGGGAAGCAGACGAAACUUGGGCCUUCAGAAUGAGGCACGGUCCCCCCCCAGCCCCAUCUCCUCUGAUGCGGAAUCUUUGGACCCAGCCUUGGCAGCAGCCCAUGCCCCAAAUGGCCCAGAGGACUGGACUCCAGAGGCAGCCAGUCCAGGCCUUAAGAAGCACCGGCUACUCACUGAGGAGAGCCCGGAGCUCCCCAUGAGAGACCUGGCCAGUUGUGCCCCCUUGCCCAUUUCUGCAGCCACGCCCGUUCCCUGCAGCCUUGAGCACCUGCUCCAGGAAGACCCUCUCACCGUGCCUUCAGGUGAGCUGAGGGGGCUGCUCCCAGCGUCUCCAUCCUGUGGGGACCCUACCAGCACGGAGCACCUGCCAGGCCGCGCUUCUGCCUGUGCAGCUCUGCACAGAGCCGGCCGCACGCUGGCUCCCACAGGUGCUAAGGCUGGGGCGUCCCUGGCAGCCUCCUCAUCUUUGAGGACAAACCCCUGUGGCCUCAAGGAAAGCCUGGCUUGCUGCUCUCUCCUAAGGGAACGAAGUCCGCAGGAAGACCCUUCCGCGGGCCAGCCCGGCUUCAUCAGUGUCUUCAUUUCCACCCAUGUGGGGGACCACCCGGAAGGCCACAUUCUAGAGGGUUCCAGAAAAGAGAGGCCGAGGGGCUCUCCUGCCUGUGAUGUCCCUCCUCCCCCAGCAAGGGCCAUGUCCCCAAGACUGACCAUCAAGGCUGCUGCCCUACCCGGCAUGCUGGUCACAGAUGGCAUAGGGGCAGUCAGAGGCCCCAAGGCUGAAUGUCCAGGCCCCCACACCAGCCCAGACAGGACACCCAGGGGCCCCUCCUCAGAACACCCAAGAAACCGGGAAGACCAGAGCGUCACCGCUGUGCCCGCUGACCCUUCCACCCAGAGGACAGCAGGGCCAGAGCCACGUACCUGCCAGGAAGGGGAGGCAGGGGCCAGCACUCAGGACGAGAAGGACCUUAAGGUACCUGGGGCUGGGAACCCUGGCAGUACCGAGGCCUCAGGAGCUGGCACCAGAGACCCACCGGCCACCUGCCCUUGUGAAGCGCCCCACCAGGACAGCGCCACCUCUCUGAGCAGCACAGCCAGCAACUCCAGACCCGACUCCCCCCAGAGCCUCAGAAAUGUCCUCCACCAGAUGCCCCAGGGGGACCCUCUGUGUCCUCAGGACCCCAAACAGAAGCCUUGUGGCUUUAAAAAGAGGCCCAGGUCCACUGAGAACAGCCGCUGGAAGAGCCAAGACCCCGCUGGGCAGCCCGCGACCUGCGAGAUCUGCUCGGCCACCUUCCGGUCGGGACCAGGCCUGAGCCGCCACAGAGCCAGGAAGCACAGGCUACACAGGGGGGCCCCUUCCCAGCCAAGCCUCCCAGCCCCGCCUGCUCCCCAACCUGGAGAUACUGCAGCCCAGACGAGCCAGCCCCCCAGGAAAAAAAGCCGCAGGGCACCUGGGAAGGAGAAGCCAAAGGACAGGCUGAAUGGCCCCAGCCAUGCUGCUGGGUCACCUCCCAUCCGGGGCUCCACAGCUCCGGGGGAGGCCCCAGGUCCUGGGACACCUAAGGGGCUCCGGCAGGGGCUCAGCAUUGUGAGAACACCAGGCGGUCCCCCCAGCGAGGAACCAGACCCCCCAGGCCUGGUCAAGCAAGGAGUGGGCUCGAGGCCUGCACAGCCCAGGAAAUGGGACUUGUUGCAGAGGGACAAGCCCUGUCCCAAACAGGGGGAGAGAAGAAGAGGCCAGAGGCGGGGUCGAGCGCCCAUGGACAUCCCCAGUGAGUCAGAGAAAUCAAAUAAGAAAUCAAGAAAGCCGAGAGCUAGAAGGUUCUGGGAGGAGAGUGAUCCUCGAGUCUCUCCCGAUGUGAUUUCAGAUAGAAGCCACUGGAGUCCAUCCACUGCGACUGUCAAUUACCCAGCCCCUCUGAGCCACUGCCUCUCGCAGGAGGCAGAGCAGGAGACUGUCACACAGCCACCCCUCGUGGCCACAGAACUGGAGGAGACAUCAGCACGGAAGUCACCUGGGAAUUGGGUGGCUCGUCUAGGGAGGGUGGAGGGGGUGCCUCCUGCAGAAGGGACAGGAGAGCAGAAGGCAGCCUUGGCAAGGGGGUGCUGGGGACCCAGAGAGACCGGGACAUCAGGUGUCUGCAGAGAACCAUCAAGUGCAACUAGGAGUACACCUGCAGGGCACAGCACAGCAGCCAAGAGCGGGUCAGGGCAAAGUGUCUGGGAAGGACACAAGUCCCCCUGGGGCCCCCCAGGCCCUCCAGAGACUCACGGUUCUGAGGCAGGUGACACCAUUAGCAGCUGCCUCCAGGGCCUCCGGCACAACCCAGAAGACGGGAUCCAAGAGCGUGAAGGCAUCACUCCUGAAGCCCCUGGCCUGAGUCUCAGGGACCCGCUGAGCCUGUUUGAUGACGAAGCCUCCUUUUCCCAGCUCUUCCCUCUAGGCAACCGCUUGACUCGGAAGAAGAACCCCCGCGUCUAUGGGAAGCGCUGUAAAAAGCCCAAGCCUCCGCCGUUGCUGGAGCCCAGUGGGGACUUCCAGGGCAGCUCUGCUAUGCCCUCCACCCACAUGCCCACAGAUCUCAGUGACUCAGGCUCCCUCUGCCUGUCCCACGAGGACCCAUGGAGUGAUGAGGCCAUGGGCCUGCCUGAGUCCUUCCUUCUGGAGGGCUUCCUCAGCAGCAAGGUGCCUGGCAUUGACCCCUGGGCCCCGGGACCCAGCCUCUGGGCCCUGGAGCCUGACCUGGAGGUAGAAUGUGCCGAGCAGGGACCCUCCUGCAGUGCUGAGGACCACCCAUCAGAGAACAUCCCUGAGCUGCACAUGGUCCCAGCAGCUUGGCGAGGCCUGGAGCUGCGGACCUCCACCGAUGAGACCGCCUCUUCCCUCGGAGACGUGAGCCCCGAGCCCCCUAACCUGGAGCGAGAACACAACUUCGGGCUCCCGGGGAACACUGUGGAUCUGGAGAGGCUCAGCACCAGACUCGAGAUGCAAGAUCUAUGCUUCCUGGGACCCUGUGAAGACCCUGUGGCUCUCCCCAGCAUGAGCCUCUUAGACUUCAAGGCCACAGAGAACUCCCACGGACCACGGAGUAAAAGGACAGAGGAGGUGUCUGGGGCCAGAAGGGCCACAGGCAGAGACCGGAAUGCCAAGGCCAGGAGGGCGCCCUACAAAUGCAGGGUGUGCUUCCAGCGCUUCCACAGCCUGGGGGAGCUGGACCUCCAUAAGCUGGCCCACAGCCCCUCGCCACCCCCCACCUGCUACAUGUGUGUAGAGCGCAGGUUCGGCUCUCGCGAGCUGCUGCGUGAGCACCUGCAGGAGAAGCAUGUGCAGGGCCGGGCGGGGCUGUGGGCCUGCGGCAUGUGCCUGAAGGAGGUGGCCGAUGUCUGGAUGUACAAUGAGCACCUGCGGGAACAUGCCCUACGGUUUGCCAGAAAGGGGCCGGCACGGAGGUCCCUGGGAGACCCACCUGGAUGCUGGGACGGGGAUAGCACUGUCACACACUUCCUGAGCAGCAUCAUGGGACAGGCAUCCAAACCCCAGAGGGGCAAGUGCUCAGUGGGCCAGGCAAAUGGAGGCCCUGCAGAGAGGGAGUGGGCAAAACCCAAGGCUCGUACCAAAAACUCAAACCAAGAUGGCACUUUGAUGCCAGACAGCACCUUAGCCAAUAGCAGCCUGUCAACCUGUGCAAACCCCACUCUGCCCAGUAGUUCCGCCACUCUCCCCGGCUCCACCAAGACAUACCCCAGCCCAUCCCCUGACCCCUGCUCCACCCGAGAGCCCCUACUCCACACCAUCCAGGUGCACCAGGACUGCAAGGACCCGUCCAGAGACUGCCACCACUGCGGCAAGCGGUUCCCCAAGCCUUUCAAGCUGCAGCGCCACCUGGCGGUGCACAGCCCACAGCGCGUCUUCCUGUGCCCCCAGUGCCCAAGGGUCUACCCUGAGCCCCGAGAGCUGCGUGCUCACCUCGCCAGGGACCACGGGGUGAGGGAGGAGCUGGAGCUGCAGCACACCCCACUGUAUGCCUGUGAGCUCUGUGCCAACGUCACCCACAUCAGCAAGAGGUCCUUCAUCUGCAGCUCCUGCAACUACACAUUCGCCAAGAAGGAGCAGUUUGACCGACACAUGGACAAACACCUGAGGAGGGGACAGCAGCCCUUCACAUUCCGAGGGGUGCGGAGGCCAGGUGCCUCUGGGCAGAAGCCCCAGGCACGGGAGGGCUCACUGCCUAGCAAACGUCGCAGAGUGGCCACGCCCAGCAGCACCCCUGGGCCUGUCGUGGACAGGUCUCUGUCUCUGGGCAGCAUACCCACCUUGAGGGAGGCAUCCCUCACAGCCCUGCUCCAGCCCUGCCUAGAGGCCAUUCCUGGGGGCACCAAGAGUCAGCCCAGGACCCCAGAGAGGCCCCUGGAUCCUGUGGGACACCUGGCCAGGGACAACAAUCUGCCCUCUGAUUCCCAGGGGCUCAUUCUCCCAUCUCUGUCUCCUUUCCCAGCAGCCUCAGCUGAUAGCAAAGAUGGCCACAAGCCAGACCAAGCCCUGGAGAGCCUCACGGACGAGGCUUUCCCAGGCAGCCCUGGGCCUCUUCCCCAGCAGGCUCUCCCGCUGGACAGCUUUCUGCCCCUGCCGGGGGCCAGAGGCCAAGCCACAGAGGAACAGAGGGCUGGUAGCCUGCUUUCGGGGAAAGGCAGGGUCCCAAGCGCCCCUGGCAAAUGUGCCUCAGACCAUUACCCAGAAGCCCCCUCCCUGCUCGAGAAGGAGAAGCAGGUGUCCACAUGCCACCUGGUGUCAGAGGAGGACAAGGGAGUUUCCUCCCACAAGGGCAGUACCACCAAGCACGGGGGCUGUCGGAGUUCGUCAAAGGACAGGCCAGCUUUGUCCAUCCCCAACAAAGCACCCAAGUUUCCAGUGCAAUCAAAGAAGGCCGUGGCCAGCCCGACACCUGGAGAGCCCGCCCGUGGCACUGAGGACAGACAGAAGCCCACUGCCCUCAAAGCCAAGCUGGGGUCCAACUCCCAGGGCAACGGCACCAAGACAGCAGGUGGCAGCCAGCCUCAACCAGCCAGUGGGCAGCUUCAAAGUGAGACAGCCACCACCCCAGCCAAGCCCAACUGCCCUGUCCAGAGCCCUGCCCCAGACAAGCCUCCCACUCGAGCCCCAGCCAAGGGUUACUCCAAGGCACCAAGAGAAGCUGGUGACCAGGGGCCCCAAGGGAGCCUGGUCCCCAGGGAGGACAGAGAGGGCAAAGAGAAGAAGAGAAAGAGCCGGGCCCUGGGGCCAAGCAGGAGUGACAAUGUGGGGAGCUUGGGGAGAACCCCUUCAGUCCCUGACAAACCCCCCCGGGCUCCCCGGAAGCAGGCUGCUCCCAGCCGUGUUCUCCCUGGCAAACCCAGGCACAGUAGCCAGAGUAGCACUACACUGCCCCAGCCCUCGGAGCAGCAGAGGGGGGAGCACAGCCACACACACCCGGACUUCAGACGCAGCAAAGAUGGAUUAGGCAAGGCCUUCCCCCAGGUGAGACCCCAGCACAGGACCCCCAAGAAGGGCAGAGCUGUCCGCGGUGCUGAACACGCCAAUCCUCGAGCCUGCUGGACCGCUGAAUCCCAGAACGACCUCCUCAGCCAGCUCUUCGGACAGAAACUAACCAGCUUCAAGAUCCCUUUGAAAAAGGACCCCUCUGAGUAA